CCCAGCGCCAGAGAGGCAGGCGGCGGCGGCGGUAGCGCAAUAAAGCAAGUUUUGUCUCCUGCCGAGGCUCGGCGAGGUUCUACCCGCCCUUCGCCGUCCGGCACCAUGGCUGCGGCGAACCCGGGGCAAGCAGCACCAGCAGCAGCCCCCGCCGCGGCGGCAGCCCCCCACUAACCUCCCCCGGCAGCGGGAGCGGCCGCCUCCUCCGGCCGUACGGGCCGCGGCUGCCCGGCGGAGAGCGCGCAGCUCCGCGCCGCUGCUGCCGGAGAGCGGCGGACACCCCCCCCGACCCGGCCCGGUCCGGCACCAUGUGGGGCGGACUGCACCCCCAGCUCGGCCUCCGCGGCUACAAGGCGGGCUCAGAUUAUUCCUCAGUGGGAUGGUUACCUGGUACUGAAUCCCUGUGGCAGCCCACAACCAUUUCAUCAAGCAGUCAAAGCAAUCCUGUCAGAAGACACAGUAUAGCUUCCGACAGCGGGGACACUGGGAUUGGUACCUCCUGUUCUGAUAGUGUGGAAGAUCACUCAACUUCAAGUGGCACAUCUUCGUUUAAGCCAAGCAGAUCUCUGGUUUCGAUUCCCACCGCCCAUGUGAUGCCGUCCAAUGCCAGCUCUUCACUUUCCAAGCACAGGGAAGCUUUCCAGCCUGAUGGCUCAACAUGGAGCGCAAGCUUUGGAAGGUCAGGAGGAGGCAGGAAUCAGGGUGCCCUGGACAGUUCUCUUGACAUGAAAGAUGCAAGACCUGUAAGAAAAUGGUCCUCCUUGUCCAAGCUCAGCUCACCAAAUACCUUCAUCCAAGAUGGUAGUAGUCACUCAGUGGACUCCAGGGGGAGUACAGACAAAGCUGUGUCACCUCAAUUAAGGACAAAUGGGCCGAGUUGUUUGCAUGACAGCAUGGAGCUGCUAAAAAUUGAGGACAAAGAAAUGGGGAAAAAACGAUCUUCUCUCCUGGACUGCAAGUACAAAUUUGAAACGUGCAGCAAAGACGAUUUUGUUUCAGAUUCCUCAAGUAGGAGACAUGCCUUAGACUUGACCUACAGUGCCUUACCUGAAAGCAAACCCGUGGCAGCCAACUGUGAGGCUUUCGGACAGAGAUACGCGACUCUGGGACCGCAGGCUGUGAGUGGAGCCCCCAUACAGCCGGCAGUGAGGACUCAGAUGUGGCUGAAAGAACAGCUUCGAGCAAAUCCCCUGGACUGCAGGACUGCUGAGGAGCCCUAUGGCCUGGCUGCCUGGCAUCUGCAGCAGCUUGAAGGGUUUGGGACAGGAGGUGAACUGCCUGUGCAGCUUCCAACUGCAACGUCUCGUCAAAGUUACCCAGCUACCAGCUACCAGGACUUCAGCAACUGGGAAUCUCUAAUGAAAAUUAAAGAGGGGCUGCUAAGACAGAAAGAGAUUGUGAUCGAUCGGCAGAAGCAGCAGAUUAACAAUUUACAUCAGAAGAUACGGGAGAAUGAAUUACGAGCUCAACACGCAAGACUGAGUCAUCUUGUGAACUGCGAAGAACCUUACAUGACUAAUUUGCAGCAAACACAGUAUGAAGGAACACCACUGCAACCUCACAUUUCAGAAAGAUCAGCAUCGCACCUUGAGGAGCUAGAGCGAAAGGUUGCAGCAGCUGAGAAUAAGGAAUUACAACUCAGUGAACUUGUAAAACAAAUUUCAAACAAAUCCAGUGAGGAGAAAAAGAAGAUGGAGGACAAACUUAAAACUAGAGACCGAUAUAUUAGUAGCUUGAAAAAGAAAUGCCAGAAAGAGUCUGAGCAGAACAAAGAAAAACAAAGAAGAAUUGAAACCUUGGAAAAAUAUCUGGCUGACCUACCAACGCUGGAUGAUAUAGAAGGGCAGACUAAACAGCUGGAAAUUCUAGAAGAGAAGAACAAACAACUUCAAGAAACUAUGACUGAAUUAGAGAAGAAGCUUGGAGAGGCCCGGUCACAGUGCAGAGAGAAAGAAUUGCAGCUGGUGUGUCAGAAGAAAAAAGAAAAAGAGCUGGUCACAACAGUACAGAGUUUACAACAGAAAGUUGAAAAAUGCCUGGAAGAUGGGAUUCGCCUUCCCAUGUUGGACACGAAACAGCUUCAGAGUGAGAAUGAACUUCUCAAAGAAAAGAAUGAGAAAGCCAGUAAGGUCAUAGACAAUCAACAAAAUCAAAUAGCUGGACUGAUUUUAGACAUUCAGUCUAUGCAAGAGAAGCUUUUGCAAGAGAAGCUGGUAGUUCAGAAGAUGACAAAUGAUCUUGAAGAAAAAGAAAGGCAUAUAGAGCAGUUAAAUAAAACUCUCUCUGAAAACCAAAGACUGAUGGAAGAGAAUGCCUGCCUGAAGGAGCAGAUGCGUCAGGUGGAGCAGUCCAGGCAGCCAGUGUCUGAGAAGAUGCCCAUAGCAGACCAGUUGUUCAAGGAAAUGUCCCAUUGCUUGUUUGACUUGAAAGCACUGUGCAGUAUUCUUACACAGAGAGCUCAGGGCAAGGAGCCUAACCUUUCCUUACUGCUGGGAAUCAGAUCACUGAGCUGUUCAGCUGAAGAGAAUGAAAACUACCACAGCACAGAAACCCUUUCGAAGAAGCUCUUGGACGUUUGCCAGUUACGAAAGGAUAUUGAUGAAUUAAGGACUAUAAUAUCAGAUCGUUAUGCUCAGGACAUGGGGGACAAUUGCAUUACUCAGUGACAACAUUUCAUCUAAGCAAAUGACUUAUUAAAUGCUGCUGUGUCACAGGUCUUUGCAUUUCUAUUAAGGAGCCAUAUCAGAAAACUGCAAAUAGCCCUGCACAUGCAUCUCUUUGAAGACUGUGCAUAUUUGAUCUCGGGACUCUGGUGGGGAGGGUCAUCUUUUCAAUAGAGUGGUGCAAACCACAAGAAAUGUUUUUUCCAAACUACUGAAUGUAGGAACAAGCUGUGAAGAAUUACUGAAUUGGAUACUCUGUUUCCUUCCUUGGGGCUCAUUUUAUUACUUCACCUGAUUUCUGUAAUCAGAGCAUGAAAGCAGCAGUGCUGCUACUGCUCUCUGUCCUUUCCUUCAUCAAGGGUUUGUAUGGCAUGAUCUAUGUUCUGAAAUUAGAGCAGAGGGUCGAAGGACCUGUAGCCUAUAUAUGGUGAAGUCAGAGACUUCUGCAACUGCAGUUCACUCCAGGAAUUGCAAUUGGAACGAUCUUCUAGUAAAAAAAUUUGAUACAGGAAAGAUGUUUGUUUUAGUGAUGGAUGUCUAGCUUGUUUGCCCAGUAGCAGAAGAUGAUGUUUUAACUCCCUUAUGCAAAUGAAGUCCAUAAAAUAUACAGUUAUCAGAUUGUUUUAAGCACCCUCACAUUGCUGGAAGACAUUUCAAUAACACGAAGCCUGUGACAAUCCCAGAGAAGGUGGAAGGCAUGAAACUGCAGCAGAGUAGGUGGCUGUCGGGGAAAAAACAAAGCAAAACAAAAGACUCUGAGUGUUUCUGUCAUACUUAUUUUUCCAUUAGGUCAUCACCAUUUUGAAAUGUAGCUGGUCCAUGUUCUGUCCCUGAAGAUCUUUGAUGAAGUUGUAUAAAAUGGUUGAGGUGGUGGUUCACCACAGCUACAAAGUGGGUGUUUGGCACUUGGCAAAAUCAGGGCUCAGAACAGAUUGUGUCCACUUAGCAGUAUUAAGCACUCGGUUACCUGAGGACUGCAAAAUUUUCCACAUCGUUUGGGAAUUCUCAAUUUCUCCAUUUAUGUAGGAAGCAGUUACAUUAAAAAAAUAAGAUCAUGUUCCAUAGUUUAUUCAGCAGGUUUCACUUGGCAGUGCUGUUUCAUUCCCAGGGGACAGAUGACACACUUAACCCUUCUAAUUUCCUGGAACAUUGCUGCACAUUAGCUGCAGAGUUUUGCAUGCUGUGAAAAUAGUGUUUAAGUGAAGGAAACAAAAACUUGGAAAGAGCAAAAGCACUCUCAAAUCACACUGUUCAGAAAAGAUAUGAGCAUCAGUUACAGAUAUGGUAUUAAAAGAAAGUUUCAAAUGGCUAAGGUGUAAGUCAGUCAACUGCCCUGUAGCAUGGAUAACAGCAGAAAUCUCUUAGAAAGCUUAGUGUUUAGAACCAAAUAGAUUUUACAGUAACAUUUUUAUGGCACAAGUGUUAAUAUCUUGAGUUUUCUGAUUAUAUUUCUGUUAAUAGAAAAUGGCAUAACAAUGUAGACUUGUUACCAUUUCAACAUGAUGUCUUGCUUUCUGUUCAUUGUUAAACAGUUCAUGUUUUUACAAGUUAGUGAUUUCAUUUUUUUUUUUUAGCUGUAUCGACUUAUUUAUUUGACAGUUUUCUCCAUCCUGAACCUACACAUGGAUUAAUGUGUAAAAAAUAGUGUUACUUAUAUUAUUGCUACAUGGUGUUUUCAGAUAGAUUAAUCUGAUAGGUUCAGCUCCUGGGAGUACUAAAGCAGUGUCUGGACAAAAUCUUAUGUGAAAUUGGCUGGUAUCUCGACUUAAAGGUAAAAAACAAGGCCAUGUUAUUUUAAUUUCUAUGCUUUCUGUAGAUUUGAAGGUGUACUUCUACACUAGUGCAAAACUGAAAAUAAGGAUCUUUACACAAAUGGGUUUUCACAGUUUCCUGUAUGUGUAACAAUACUGGCUUUUGUGACUAGGGCCUCAACUCAUUCCUUUGGUGUAGUUUGUUGGGUUUGUCCCGGCAGUAAAAUAGUAGUCUCCAAUUUAUGGCAUGUCUCGUAUCAGAAUUCUACAGUAGCAUUUCAGGUAAUUAAAUACAUGCAUUAGGAGACAGGAAACACCUAAGUUCCACGUUAUUAUUUCCUUAGAUGGAAUUGUUUUCCCUGUAAAAAAAAAAUAACCAUGCAAUGCAUUUUUCGAGACUUGGUGGAAAUAACAAGGAGUUUACCAGAUCAAUUAGAGAGGAGCAGGAGAUUUUUUGAGUCACUUAAAGCAAUUAAGCUGGUGAUGUGGCUGGUGUUCCUCCAGUGUCCCUCCUGGUAAAUGAUGAUACUGUACUGCAGAGUUGAGAUCAGUCACUUCCAUUUGCAAAGCACUUCAGGAGCUUUCAUGUGCUUCAUGUAGUCCCUCAGGAAGGAGGUCCUAUUUUAUUUGUAAUGCUUUGAUUGCAGUAAUCCUGCAAAGUAAUACUUUUCUUAUGGAACCUGUAAUAUUUAUGUUGACUUUAAAGCACUUGAUUUUAAAAAUCCCUGAGUUUCUCUGCCUCAGUCAAAUUAAAGUAGGGAGGUAAAUGAUGGAGUUAUGAGCCAAAGAUGCAGACUACCAAUUGACUGUCUACAGUGAUACAGUAUUUUGCUUUGAUUUUUUAAAAUAUGACCUGUUGUAAUAGUAGCAGUUACUAAAUAUGCAUCAGUUUAUAGAUGCCUCUAAAAAGGAAUAAGCUUUGUCUAAGAUAUGCAUGAUUGUUUAAUUGGUUAAACUAGUGUGUGUGGUCUCAUUCAGUGUAUUUAAUACAGAGUUGAUAAAUGAAUGUUAAAAUUGGAAUUGCUUAGAUUUAGUCAUGACAACUUUUUGCUGUAGCUAUUAGACAAUCUCAAGGGCUGAAAAACAACAGCUAGUGAAUGGAUACUGUACCCUGCUGGCUGUCAGAAAGUUUGUACAGCAACUUUUUAAUGUAGUUUCAGAUUGAAUAUGUACAGUUCUUUAGAAUAUAUUUACAGUAACUACUGUAUUCAAGAAUGUAUUUUGAAAAAGGCUUGGAAAGAAACUGUCUUUGGACAAGCUAUAGAUAAUGUAUUUACUAAAUAGAAGUAAUGCAGCUCAGUUGUGUAAAUGUGGUUUUGGUUGCUAACCUCCAGUGUGCAGCUUUGUAGUGUAAUAGUGUAUAAAAUUGUGGAAAUUGCUGUAACCACCCACUCAGGCUCCAGCAUUCGAACCUGCUGGUAGCCACAAAGUCAUUAUAAGACCUGAAAUCUUGUCUUUUUCACUUAAAAAGGUUUGCUUUUUUUCCCUUUUCCCUUGCUUGCCUGGCUUUUUUUGGACAUUUUUCUUGCAGGGUAAGAGCACAAGGAAGGAAAGACAGUAAACUCUUCCUCCAAGGCUUCCUUCCCCCUGCUGAUCUAGCACAGGCAGCAUUGCCAUGCUGCAGUCUCUCCUCAUGGGAUACUUGGCUCCAGUUUUCUCUGUCCUUUUCCAUGAUGUUAAUGUAGGUGGAGUUGGAGGUAUAAUUGGGCUCCUCUCAUUGAGUUCUGUCAUGGGUGGGGAAAAUAUCUUCUGAGCAGAUCAAUGGUUAUUAUCUAAAGGGAUGAUGUACUCCAGUAGCUCUUUAGCAAUAUUAAUUCCACGGCUACGUACCUUUGUGCCUUUUUUUUGCCUGAAGUAAGCAUAUAUUCCCCUUGAACUUUAGAUAGGUUGUUAGGAUGCUGAUGACUGCACCUUCUUUUCCUCUUACUUGCCACUAUUUUGUUUAUAAGCUUUUGUAGGAAGAACUCUUGCGUAAUGUCUACAAACAGAAGUACUUCAACUGGGUACUAGGUGUACACUUUGAAUGUUGGGCUGGUCUGGUGGUAGUGUGCAGCUUUUCUUUUAACAUGAAGCGUGAGCAGGAAACUCAAGUCAUAAUCUGUUUAUUUUGUGUAUAUUAAUUACAGUAUAUCAUUAGUUCAGUGGGGAGGAGUGUCUAGAGCUAUCUUUUAAAAGCACAGCUGACAUAUGUACUGGAUCAGUCCCUGUAGACUGGUAGUUUUGUAAAUUGGGUUCAAUUUCUGAACCGCUCAGAAUACCUCAUAUGUAAAUAGAGUUGUCAUGACUUAAUCACAAUGUGUUCAUUGUAAAAAGUAAAGGAGCCACUGGCUGGCUCAGCUUUAGGCUUGUUGUUCUUGCCUCUUUUUGUAAAUUUUUUUUUAAAAGUAGGGUUUACAGCUAGAAUUUUGAAUGCCAAAGUUCUAUUUAUUAAAUAAUAAUAAAAGUUUUCAUUGUUAAUGACUGGUAUUUUUCCACUGGAAUUUGUUUGUUGAUGUUUGGGAUUUGUAUCCACAAAGCAAAAAUAAAUUUUGUAACAAAAGUGA